GACCAGUUCAUUGUGGCAUUUACACGAGAUACUCUACUCCUAGGCAACAUGGACUCGAACCGGCUAUCGGAGGUUCCAUGGAAUAACCAUGCUCAUACCAAAUUCUUUUUCGAUAAUCCCGAUGUGGUGAUGGCGUUCAAAUCCGGGGAGCUGCUCCUUAUUGAAUACGGGGAUGAUGAAGUGAUGGGUUGCGCUAGGACAGAGUAUGUUUCACCUCAUUUAAUAAGCUAUCGAUCUGUUACGGCUCAUCAGCCCUCAUCAUCAUCAUCGUCGCAUAUACAUG